UUGCAUCUCCUGAUCCCUUCUCAAGGGAUUGGUUGUGAUUGGGGAAAGUCCUCUCUUCUGUUCUCAUCAGAACAAUCCCUUCUACACAGUUCAAUAAGUUAGCAGGUAUAAAUAAAUAAAAUUCCGGGCCACCACCCAAGAGGGGAGGAGUGAAAACUCGUGGGUGAAGGAAAUAGAGAGAGAGAAAGAGCCGAGAGGCGGACAAAUGAAAAGAGCGAAAAGGAGAAACUUUCUGAAGAUUUCUGAGAACUGUGAGCAAACUUCCCGGACUUGUUGGGAAAAAAAGUGGCACCAGGAUCAAGCUCCAAACACUGGGAGGAUAUAAAGUUUCGUGGCUCGGCUGCAUUUGGCACUGCCUCUUGGCGGAGGCAGCGGAUCGGGGCGACUACAAAAGCAGGAAAAGAGACAGGGACAUUCUUCUGAGUCACCCGGAGUUGCGGGAAAAGGGCGGCCGGAGCGUUGGGGCUUGUUUCCUUUGCAAAGAUGCCCAUCCUCAAGCAGUCCCCUGUCUCCCAUUCCAAGAAGCGGCCCCGUCUGGAUCGGGCUAUGAUCAGCGCCCCCUUGGGGGAUUUCCGGCACACGAUGCACAUUGGCCGUGGCGGCGAUGCCUUUGGCGACACGUCUUUCCUCAGCAACCACGGGGGCUCCAAAGCCAACGGGCUGCCACCUGAUGUGGCCGCGUCCCCUGGGACCUUCUCUGGUCCUGGAGAUACUUCUGGCCGCUUUGAGCUGCAGUCUCCUCUGGGCAGCGGAAACGGCGUGGUUCAGAGCCCAGCCACAUCGACCCCUGAUGGCAGCUUUGUGGUACUGCAUCAGCCAGAGACGCCUGAGAGGCAGCCCACCAACGGAGGAGGCUGGGACCUGCAACAGAAUUUCUCCUGGGAGAGCCCCACGUUGGAACACGCUGAAUCCCUUCUCUCGUUCCAGCUGGACUUGGGGCCUUCCAUCUUGGAGGAUGUGCUGGGAGUGAUGGAUAAAGAUUGGGACAGUGUCAAGGGGCAGGAACAGGAACCCUUGAGGUGUGAGAGCUUGAGUCCAGUGGAUCGCCUCCACCAAGGUGGCAAAGAAGAAGAAAAAGACGAGCAAGAAGAUGAAGAAGAGGACGACGAAGGGCAGGGCUACAGUUUUGAAGAUGAACAGGACGAAGAGAUUGGGCUAUAGGAGGGAUGCUGGCCUUGCGUCUCUGGUUUCUCCUCCCCCACCAACAAGACUUGAGUCCUCUUCUGUAGAGUUUCUCAGCCCCUCCGACAACUGGCAGCGGCGUCUGGCAGCGCAUGGGCCAAAGACGGCCAACAACAGACUGUUUCUGGGCCCAAUGCUUCUCUGUCUUCCCCGCGAAAGAGCCUUUUAACCUUCAAAUCCCACCUGGCUGAGUUCUAGAGGAAAGUGAGGCACACGGGCUGCACUUCCGAUGUGAUUCUGGCGCUCUCCCUUACCGUGUGAAGAAAAGCAUCUCACUGGUCUCGGGUUCUUCAGAAGGAGGAGCUUCACCUCUUGCUACUCUAUCAUCACAUCACUAUUGUGAUCGCGGUCUUAGACUCCAUUACGGAAUGCCGUCUCUGAGAAACGUGCUUCCAAUACGCACUCCAAACGCCAGCUCUCUCCCCCACUCUCCUGUUUAUUUGACUCCCCCCAAGGCCUGGGAGGAGGGUACAAAUCCUUUGAUGUACUGAAAGAUGCAUUGGGGUCUCAAGCUGCCCCAUCCGUUGGGGUCAACGAAGUGGCACAGAGUUGAUUCCUCUAGAAGACCUUCUCGUCCAUUCAUCUCGACCGCCACUUCUCAACCGUUCAUUCUCUUGCAAUCUGACUGUGAUUCUCCACUCAGCUCUUGGGUUCUCUUUCUCAGCUUGGAACAUUUUUUGAGAAAGAGAUGGAAGGACUGUUGGGCUGAUAAUUCUAUUUUCCCAUCCAUCUGUCAAGUUAACAGGUGGCACAUGGGUGGAAAGAAGGACGGACAGAGAAGAAUGACAUGUAGAUUUUUUAAAAAUUAUCUUUCAGUCUCCAUCUCCAACUCUGUAUCGGCCAAUCCUUGUUUUGUUUUCCUAUGCAACUUCUACAUGUAUGUAGACAUACAUCUAUUUAUUUACCUGUCCACAAUUCUCUUUUUCCAUCUGCUUAUCCCAGUGGACUGUUCAGAUACCCAUUCACUGAUUAUUUAUCUUUCGCAUUAGUCAGUACAUCCAUGUACCUGUAUAUCCAGGAGUAGUACUGCCUACACUGCAAGGCCUCUUGCUAUGGGAUUUAUGCUUUGAUCUUGCGUAAGACUGGUCUUGAGGAAGACACCGAAGAGCUUCAGAGAGGAUGUUGAGGAUGGGGUUUGGGGGUGAGAGAGGGAGGAGGCAUUUCCUUACAUGCCUUCUCAAGGGGAUAGUCGAGAGAAGAGGGGCAGGAUGAUUGGAUGAAGAAUGUUUGGGGGCAUAAUGUGAACUCACUGUCAAGCAGAAUUGUAAAUAGCCACUCCCCUGGUCACCUAUGGUGACUUGUAGCAAUUACCGGCAGGUGACCAAGCAGAAAAUAUUUUGUACAUUGUAAGAGAGGUGUUUUUCUGUUUUUGUUGGUUUUGUUUUGCUUUUUCCCUCCUUCAAGUCACUGCUAUGCAAAAAAAAAAAAGACUGACAAAGCUAUUUGUGGGCAAGCUGACUGGAACAUUCCCUGCCUUUUUUUGUUUUGUUUUUUGGCUAGUAUCUCUUUUGUAGAUUUAUUUGCAAAGGUCAAAACUUGGAAAGCUCAGGUGGACGAUGCGCACAUCUGUUUUCUUUUCAAAGCUGUGAUGGGGUCAGGGUGACACGACAGGGCUGCACCAACAGACGGCAGCUCCAUCAAAUGUGAACUGGACAGCUUUUCCGUAAGGCGCUUUGAAGCCAUAUGCAAUUUAGUGGACUAGAGGUGGUGAUAACUGGAGAGGAAUUUGCUGGCUGAUAAUUCGCCAGCAGAUCUUUUUUAAAAAAAAACCAAACCCCCCCUCCCAAAAAAAAACCCCAACCCAUGAUUCCAGGUCCUCAUUCAUUAACUGGACCGUUUAUCCUUUUGCCCCUCAGUUAAUUUCCCUGUGUUUUGUUUUAAAUGACAUUCCAUCGCAGACACCUUUUCCUCCCUAACCCUGUCUGUCUGGACAUUGUUAGCAGAAAUUUGUUUUGACCCUGGCUGUCUCCUACCUGUCCGCACGUUAGAGCAGUAUGACAAUGGAGCUAGUUACUUAGGGAGGUUGUGGGCUCUCCCACACUAGAGGCCUUCAAGAGGCGGCUGGACAAGCAUCUGUCAGGGAUGCUUUAGGGUGGAUUCCUGCAUUGAGCAGGGGGUUGGACUCGAUGGCCUUGUAGGCCCAUUCCAACUCUGCUAUUCUAUGAUUCUAUGUUAUCAAGAGGUCAGUGGUAAGCAGUUUGAAAGUCAAACUACCCCUUCACUGAAUCAUCUGUGUCUUAUUGCCCUUCCCAGCCCUCUGUCUGGUGCUGGCUAAUGUGUUUAUUCAUUGUGCUCCUGUGAUCAUGGAUAUCUAACCACUGCACAGCCAAGAUCACCUUGUAUUGGCAAGGGGAUUUCAGAGUUAGGAAAAGGUGGCGACCAGUUCCUUAGGUGCUUGCUUAGGAAGGCUGGCCUCCAACCCGUGUUAGCAGUUCUUUCUUUCUUGUGUUUUGUGGACUUAUUCAUGAAUCAAAAUGGAAAAGGUCUCUCGGUCCUGCAUGCCACCUUACACGAAGCUUGCAUUAUCCAGAUGUGAGUUUCCCCCUUUUGCCCCUCCCACAUAAUGGGGACGAUGCCUAAAUGUAUCAAGAUGAAAAUAGGGGUGGUGGUCCCCAGCUUGUAAUUGCUGCCAACGCUGCCACUUGCUCGUAUCUAUAGAUGGGCAAGCUUCUGGGAUGGCACAGGGCAUUUCGUUCUACUUGUACCCCGGCUCUCUUGCAAGGGAAAAGGUUAAUUUUGGAAGGGGAAGACUAGCUGUCAGUGAUCUUGACUUGCACACCUAUUAGAAUAAGCGGUAUGUGUGUGCUCUGCCUAAUUUUAAAAACCCUCUGCAUACAAUCAGUGCAGACCUCUGGCAAAAGCCGUCUGUCUUUUCCCAGGCAGCCUGCUGUGUGGGAAAUGAGAGAGAUUCAGGCCCCGUCCAGAAGACGCCUUAAACCAUGGCUUUAAUCAUGGUGGUUAAGCCAGAAAGCUGGGCUGCAUUCAGAAGACACCUUAAACUACGGCUUUAACCAUGGUGAAUAAAGCAAAAAGCCUUAUUCACCAUGGUUAAAGCCGUGGUUUAAGGUGUCUUUUGAACGGGCCCAAAAGGGGAUAGCAGAAAGAGGAAAGUGGCAACUCACCCACUUUUGACUCUGCCCACUGCUGGAUUUUGCCCUGCUUGCCAGCAGCAUGCAGUCUCCGAGAAAUUCAGGGAAACAGCAAGAGGGAAAGACACUAAAGUGUCACAAAACGGGAGUGAAGAUAUUCUCAAGUGCCUGGGAAAACGUUUUAUUGGGCCCAACGCGUCUUGGAAAUAAAUUUCCUUCCUCGGGGGGCCACUGAUCUCUCUCCAAAUAUCCCACAGAAAAUCUUGGCGAUGCUUCUGGUGUUUCAAAACGCUCCGACAGAUUACCCACAAGGGAAUUUGGCCCUUGACAGGGAAAUCUUUGCCCGGGCACCUAUUAGAGAAUUAGCCCAUCGUGGGUGCUGGGAAGACUUGCCUUUUGAUUUCAUUUCAAUAUGUUGUAUCUACCAGUAUAGAACUGGGUUGAGAGUCUUAAAAGGGGGUGGUACUAGGGCUCCUCGGGAGAGAAUUGGUGUGUGAUGUGUUGCGGGGCUGGGGGAGCUUAAGGCGACGGGAAUCUCCGUUAUCUGGGAAAGGACGGGGAGUUUUAAGUGAAUGAGGUGGGACAAAGGAAGUUGGUUGGGUUUUCCAGGAAGGGAGUAGAGUGAAGACAGAGCCAGUUGUGGUGGCUGCUAGGUUCCCAUGCAUAUUCUACAGCAGCUGUCCCCACCCUGAUUCCUCCAUAUGGUUUGGACGGCACCAUUGGCCAUGCUGAGUGAGAAUGAUGGGAGCUGUAGUCCAACGCAUUUGGAGGGCACCAGUUUGGGGAAGGCUGCUCUAGAACAUUGGUCUCCCUCUCCAUGCUUGAAUUUAUUGUGGAUGGAGAUAAGUAGGGGGUCUUUAAUGAAACCCAUGAGCCCCCACCAAGUUCGGCCAAAUCAUGCCCCCCUAAAAACAGUAGCUAAGGGGGCUUUUGCAAAAGUAGGGGCAGGAUUUUUUUGGGGGGGAGCUGUAACUUCGAGCACUGUGGUUGGCUGUGACCUACGCCUGGAUUGCACACUAACCACUGGCGCCGCUACCAUUUAUGGCUGAGGAAGUGUUCUAGAACACUGGUCUUCAAAAAGAGCAGUAGAAAAGGAGGAGGAGGAGGAGAGGGUGGUGAUGCUGAAAGCGACAAGUAGAAAGACUGGAGGGUGGAGAAGGGGAUCAAGGUGAAGAUACGUCUACACAGCAGACUUACAAAUGGUUCCAAACUAGUUUUAACUCCUCUCCCCCCCCCCUCACCCCAACUUUUUGGAAUUGUAGCUUAGUGCUAAAAAAAAAUCCCCCAUUGGGUUGCUCAACACCCAUGCACCCACUCCAACACACACUACAAUUCCCAGGGAGAAGGGAUGGCUUAAACCAGUACAUCUACUGGUAGGAGUGUAGAAGUUGCGCAGCUCCUACUCCCCAUUCUGAAAGGCUGAGAUGCCUCUUUUCUAAGGCUUAGUUAUUGGGCCUGUUCAGAAGACACCUUAGACCCUGCUGGUUAAGGCUUUCAGUUAAGCAGCAGGGUUAGUGGCUCUAACCGUGGCUUAAAGUGUUGUGUCCAACAGCGUGGCUUGUGGAUAGUGCUAACCCCCAGAGAACCACAGUUUCGCUAACCACAGAGCCUGAAGUGUCAUCUGAACAGGCCCACAGCCAGUAAGAGCUUUAAGCUAAAAUAUGCUGGUGUUUUUGCCCUAACCUCCUUUUGCCUGUGGCUCCGCCCCCCAUUUACCCUCAACCCCGCCCCUUCUGGAAUGCGGCCCCCGAGAAUUUCUCUGGAAUGGCAUGUGGCCCUUGACCUAGAAAAGGUUCAGCACCCCUGGUCUCCGGUAUCGAUACGCUCCAAAGAGGAGAAGAGCGUUGAUCACAGCACCAGAAGGAUCAGUGAGUCUCUUGAAACGGAGAGCUGGGAUUCCUGCGGCUUCUCUGAAGGGUGUGGUGAGGGGAAAUGGGUGGUGAAGCUGAAAAGUUUUAAAUGCUCCUUCCUACUGGAUGCCCUCGGUUAUUGUGUAACCUCAAAUCGUCCUUUCCUCUCACUCUGAACUCUGUUUAUCUCCAUGUUUAGACAUGGGAAAUGUGAAAAAUGAUUUCCUGUGGAGACUCUGUGUGCCUCUCUGACAUUGUUUUAAGCUGUUCCAAGCAGGCCUGCAUUGAAGUCCAGCCGCCGACUGCAACAGAGAUUGGCCCUGGGCUCUGGCCUCCAUUUCCUCUGGAGGGUAAAACCUCCAAUUCUUCUCCUCAUUUGUUCACCCCUCAGAUUCAAGCCAGAAACCUCAUCCUUUGAGGCCAGUGCCUUUUUUUUUUUGCGAUCCCCGUGGCCACUGCAGCAAGAUAGUUCUAUAUGUACAUUUAUUAUUUUGUAAUAGCCUAUUGUAUGGAUUCCUGCGUAAGAAAAUGUCUAUAUACCCCCCCCUUCGCCACAUUAUGUUAAUUUUCAUCUUACUAGCAGAACAUUUGUACAGCGACCAAAAAGUGUUUGAUAUUUCUUGUAAUUAAAAGCAAAUUAGU